CGGCGCCCGGGCUGUACCGCAGCGGCGGCGCGCUCCGGCUGUGGCGAGCCGGGGGAGGGGAGCGGCGGCGGCGGCGGCGGCCCGGGCUGUGGAGCCUCGCGCGGGGCCUCUGAGCGCGGCGGCGGACCCGGGGUGACGAGCGCGGCGGGCGGCGGCGCCCCGAGCGGUCGGCUCAGCAUGUCGGUCAGUGUCCACGAGACCCGGAAGUCGCGGAGCAGCACGGGCUCCAUGAACAUCACCCUCUUCCACAAAGCCUCGCACCCCGACUGCGUGCUGGCCCACCUCAACACGCUGCGCAAGCACUGCAUGUUCACGGAUGUCACGCUCUGGGCCGGCGACCGCGCCUUCCCCUGCCACCGCGCCGUGCUGGCCGCGUCCAGCCGCUACUUCGAGGCCAUGUUCAGCCACGGCCUGCGGGAGAGCCGGGACGACACAGUCAACUUCCAGGACAACCUGCACCCCGAGGUGCUGGAGCUACUGCUGGACUUCGCCUACUCGUCCCGCAUCGUCAUCAACGAGGAGAACGCCGAGUCGCUGCUGGAGGCCGGCGACAUGCUGCAGUUCCACGACGUGCGCGACGCCGCCGCCGAGUUCCUGGAGAAGAACCUGUUCCCCUCCAACUGCCUGGGCAUGAUGCUGCUCUCGGAUGCACACCAGUGCCGCCGGCUGUACGAGUUCUCCUGGCGCAUGUGCCUGGUGCACUUCGAGACCGUGCGGCAGAGCGAGGACUUCAACAGCCUGUCCAAGGACACCCUGCUGGACCUCAUCUCCAGCGACGAGCUGGAGACGGAGGACGAGCGCGUGGUCUUCGAGGCCAUCCUCCAGUGGGUGAAGCACGACCUGGAGCAGAGGCAGGCCCACCUGCCCGAGCUGCUCCGGAGCGUGCGGCUGGCCCUGCUGCCGGCAGACUGCCUGAAGGAGGCCGUCUCCGGUGAGGCCCUCCUCAUGGCCGAUGAGCGCACCAGGCUCAUCAUAGAUGAGGCGCUCCGUUGUAAAACCAAGAUCCUGCAGAACGACGGGGUGGUCACCAGCCCCUGUGCCCGGCCGCGCAAGGCGGGUCACACGCUGCUGAUCCUGGGGGGCCAGACCUUCAUGUGCGACAAGAUCUACCAGGUGGACCACAAGGCCAAGGAGAUCAUCCCCAAGGCGGACCUGCCCAGCCCCCGGAAGGAAUUCAGCGCCUCAGCCAUUGGCUGCAAGGUCUACGUGACUGGGGGCCGGGGCUCCGAGAACGGGGUCUCUAAGGACGUGUGGGUGUAUGACACUGUCCAUGAGGAGUGGUCCAAGGCGGCACCCAUGCUGAUCGCCCGCUUCGGUCAUGGCUCAGCAGAGCUGGAGAACUGCCUCUACGUGGUCGGGGGACACACUUCCCUAGCAGGCGUCUUCCCCGCCUCCCCUUCGGUCUCCCUGAAGCAGGUGGAGAAGUAUGACCCCGGGGCUAACAAGUGGAUGAUGGUGGCCCCGUUGAGGGACGGAGUCAGCAACGCUGCCGUGGUGAGCGCCAAGCUGAAGCUCUUCGUUUUUGGGGGGACCAGCAUCCACCGAGACAUGGUGUCCAAGGUCCAGUGCUACGACCCCUCGGAGAACCGGUGGACCAUCAAGGCCGAAUGCCCCCAGCCUUGGCGGUACACAGCAGCUGCCGUGCUGGGCAGCCAGAUCUUCAUCAUGGGAGGCGACACGGAGUUCACGGCCGCCUCAGCCUACCGCUUUGACUGCGAGACCAACCAGUGGACGCGGAUCGGGGACAUGACCGCCAAACGCAUGUCGUGCCAUGCCCUGGCCUCGGGCAACAAGCUGUAUGUGGUGGGGGGCUACUUCGGGACCCAGAGGUGUAAGACGCUGGACUGCUAUGACCCCACUUCCGACACGUGGAACUGCAUCACCACCGUGCCCUACUCGCUCAUCCCCACAGCCUUUGUCAGCACCUGGAAGCACCUGCCGUCGUGAGGAGCACCUGCGGAGCCCGCCAGACUCUGCGUGUCUCUCCCCACCCCUGCGGCUGCAGCCCUCAAUGUCCCAGAGUGGCCCUCACCCCGUCCGUCACCGUGGGAAGCUCAGCCCGGCCCCGGAGCAGCACUUGAGGUGGCCGGAAGCCGGUCCCACCAGCUCUGGGAGCAGCAGUCUCGGGGGCGGUCCUGAGCUUCAGACAGGAGGAGAGAAGCCGUCUCGAGUGCCCCGUGUGUCUGCCCGAGGCCUUUUCCACUUUGCAGUGGUUUGUAGGGGAGAGGACCUUCCGCAGGCACAUCGACCGACCCCAGGACUCCCUCGGCCGCGGGGACAAGCCAUGUGUGCAAGCAUGUGUUGAGGUCGCCAGUCUCAGCACGUCCUAUUCAGGGGCGCGGGAGGCUGGGGACAGGGAACCCCGGGUGUGUUGGGCUGGGCGGUACCGGGAGGCCUUCAUGCAGCUCCCACAGCACAGCCGUGGCCUCGCCACCUCCCUGUUGUCAUUGUAACGUCACCCAGCAGAGGGUGUCCCGCACCUCGGGGAGACGGGGUCCCCCGGACUGAGAAUACAGGUUGCCCAGGAGGAAAUCAAGGACACAUGUGUCAUGGGCAGAAACCCAUCGGGUGACCUCGGUGGUGCCCACGAGACUUCAUUAGCAAACGACACCAAGACCCCAGGGUUAAAGAGGAAGCUCUUUGGGGGCUGCCCGUCUCCUCAGAGCCCGCCUGUCCUCAGAGCCCACCCCAAGAAGUGGCAGUGGCCCCCAUCUCCUGACAGGACCACGCUGGCCCUCAGAAUGUGGCCGGGCCCCUGAGCCUGGUUGCAAAUAGGAGGUGGCACCCCCAGGGUUACUCCAGGGCACCCACUCUAGAUCCCUCCAGGCCUGGAGGAUAGCAGCAGGGCCUGGGACCCCGGGCCCCCAGCCAGCACCAGCUGUCCUCUGGCAUCUGGGCUUUCCAACUGGCCCAUUUGCUCACUGGGCCCCAAAAGCAAGAAUGUUCCCUGGGAGAACUGCCAGGUCUUCAGUCAUUUUCUCCACAUCUCAAGUCAGUGGGUCCCUCAUCCGUGCAUCCCCAGUAUCUGGGGUUCCGGAGGGGCAGCUCACACCUAGUAUUAGGGUUUGCAGCCCAGCCUUGCCACCCCUGGGCAUCACUGUUGGGAGGCGGAAUGGGGCCUGCGCCAAACUGGGGCCUCCCUGGCCACCUGCCGUUUGCUCGGUGCUGCUCGGCUGGGUCGGGACUGGGGCGCCCGAGCGAGCUGCGCCGUGGAUGGGGCCGCAUCAGAAACCAGCCGCCGUCUGGAACCCUGCCCUGCCGCCUCGCGGGAACUCCGCGCUGCCACUGGCCCUGUGGGCGUCCCUUGGGGAGGGUUCUCGGUGCUGGGUUCACGCACCCGUGAGCACUGGCCACGGUCUGUCGCCUGCUGCUUGGGACAAGCUGGAAGCAGAGAGUGCAUCUCCAGGUCUGCCUGGGGCCACAGACGCUGCCGGCCCAGAGACUGGCCUCCACGGGUCCAGUGCACAGCCUCAGCCGCGAGAAGCGUAGGAUGCCAGACCUGGGGGCGGCUGGGAGUCAGGAGGCUGUCGCCUGGCAGCCCGGCUUCUGGAAGGCUGAGGUGGGACAAGCACACUUGUCACGCAGCACCGCGAACCUCGUGGUGGUGCUUCCCCCAAGAGUUGUGUUCCUUCUGUUUCUAACUUAAUAAAAGAGCUGAGAAAA